AUGGCGACGCUUGCCAUCGUGUGGCACUUAAAACGCUUCCCAGCGUUACAGGCCUGCGAUCACUGCCUGCGGGCUUUGGAGACGGCAGAGGAAAACGCCCAGCGACUGCUGGGGAAGAGCUCGCUGGUGCUGCCUCACCCGGAGCAGUGCAGCAUCCGGAAAGACCUGCACCAGCAGUGUCCCCAGUGCCAGGUGACGUACUGCAGCGCUGAAUGCAGGCAGGCCGCUUUGGAGCAGUACCACCAGGUCCUCUGCCUUGGCCCAUCCCGUGACGACCCCACGCACCCCCUCAACAAGCUGCAGGAGGCAUGGAGAAACAUGCAUUAUCCACCAGAGACUUCCAGCAUCAUGUUGAUGGCCCGGAUGGUCGCCACUGUCAAACAGGCUAAAGACAAGGAGUGGUGGAUCAAGGCCUUCUCCCAGUUCUGCAGUAAGACAGCAAAUGAAGAAGAGGAGAUUGUGCACAAGCUGCUGGGGGACACAUUUAAGGGCCAGCUGGAGCUGCUGCGGUUGCUCUUCACCGAAGCCCUUUACGACGAGUAUCUCAGCAAGUGGUUCACUCCAGAAGGCUUUCGAUCCCUCUUUGCCCUCGUUGGGACCAAUGGCCAAGGCAUAGGAACAAGCUCUCUGAGCCAGUGGGUGCACGCUUGCGAUGCGCUAGAUCUCCCCAUGCUGCAGCGCGAGGAGCUGGACGCCUUCAUCGACCAGCUCUACAAGGACAUCGAGAAGGAGUCAGGAGAGUUCCUCAACUGUGAGGGAUCGGGUCUCUACGUGCUCCAGAGCUGCUGUAACCACAGCUGCAUCCCCAAUGCCGAGACAUCCUUCCCAGAAAACAACUUCCUCCUGCAUCUGACGGCUCUGGAGGACAUCGAAGCAGGAGAGGAAAUCUGCAUCAGUUAUUUAGACUGCUGUCAGAGGGAGCGCAGCAGACACAGCCGCAACAAGAUACUCAGGGAGAACUACUUGUUUACCUGCUCGUGUCCCAAGUGCCUAGCGCAAGCUGACGAUGCCGACGUGACGUCGGACGAAGAAGAGGAGGGCGAAGGGGAGACGGAUGAUGCUGAGCUGGAGGAUGAGAUGACUGAUGUUUGAUCCUGGCCCUGGGCGAGAGGAGAGGCAAGGGACGGGACGGGGUCCUCCGAGAGGCAGCAGCUUUAAUACUAGAAACAGGGUUGUGUUUUGGGGUCGGGUGGGAGGCCACGUGCCGGUGGUGGGUGCGGAGGUCUGGUGGAUCGGGGCAGUGGGGGAGCCGGAGGCAGGCCCUGCUCCCGCCUGUCCUUGUUGUGCGCUCUGUGUGUGUGCGUGCGUGUGUGUGCGCGU